GUCCCGAAACACCAAACUUGCAAUGCCCUUAAGAGGAUGGGUAUAAUGGGAUGGAUGAAAUGUACACACUUCAAGUAAGCAGCAUGGAGUCCUCUCAGGGCUUCCGAGCCAUCUCAGGAGCCAAGGUAACUUCGUGAGGUACCCACCUACCCCGCAUACCCCUCCAGCCCACUUAAACACCAGAAAUCUCGAGCAACUCCCCCCUCAAAAACUGAGUAGAAUCCGCUAGAAAUAAAGUGCAGUCUGAGCCAUUUUGAAGACUAAAUCCUUUCCGGGUCGAGUAACGAAUACAAAAUGGGCCCCCCAGUGACAGAGAUCGCCUACAUCACUCUGAAAUCUGGCGUCGAUAUCUUCGGCUCAUCAGAUGCAGCAAAAGCAUGGAGGAAAGGCCUUUCAGUAAUUGCGAAACAAGAAGGAUACCGAGGAUCUUCUUACGGCCGUGCAAUCGAAAGCCCGGAUCUACUGAUGUGGCUUAUUGAUUGGGAAUCUCGAGACUCACACAUUCAAUUCACCAAUUCACCAGCCUAUGAACCCUUUAAAGAUAGUCUGAGCGCCCUCAUGGCAGCAGUCCAUUUCCACCACGUUCCAUUCAAACCCUUCCCACCUACGAUUCUGACCCGCGCCCCUGUCAUCGAGUUCGCUACCUUCCUAGACACUAAACCCCACUUCCUCUCUAACGUCGGUAGGUUCAUGAGUGGCAUUGGAACGCCGGAUCAAUGUUAUGGCAGUGCGUGGGGUGACAGUGUUGAGACUGAUGUGGGGAAACACGCGGAUGGGACUGUGAAAGGGAAGGCAACUGUGUUGCUUAUUGGGUGGGAGAGUAAGGAGGCCCAUAUGAAAUUUCGGGAGACGGAGACUUUUGAGAAAAAUAUUGGCUUGCUGAGAGAAGGUAUGGGAGGUACUGAGCUGUUUCAUGUUCCAUUCACAGCAGCGUAG